AUGCCCUCUCUUACAGUAGCAGUCGCCCAAUCCCGUACACAUGAUUCUCUAACCGAAACCCUCCAUGCCCUCGAACGAACAACAGCCCUUGCCGCCCGCCGUGGUGUGCAUCUCCUCCUCUUCCCGGAAGCCUAUCUAGGCGGAUACCCGCGGACAUGCACUUUCGGCUCCGCAGUUGGAAGUCGACACCCGCGCGGCCGGGAUCAGUUUCUCGCGUACUUCAAGGCAGCCGUUGAUUUAGGCGACACGCCGGCUGGAGCCGGGGAUGAGUGGAUUGGUCGCAAGCUGGAGAUUGCCGAAGGAAAGAGAGGUGUUUUGGGGAAGAGGAGGAAGGUUAUGCCGACGGCCGCUGAACGCAUGAUCUGGGCCCAGGGUUCCCCUUCAACCCUCCGUGCCGUCACAACAACCCUAAACGGUAUCCCGCUAACCAUAGCUUCGGCAAUCUGCUGGGAAAAUUACAUGCCUCUCCUACGUCAGAGUCUGUACUCCCAGAACGUCAAUAUCUAUCUUGCUCCUACGGCUGACGCCCGCUCUACCUGGCUCCCGCUCAUGCGCACCGUCGGCAUAGAAGGCCGCUGCUUCGUGCUCUCGGCGAACCAGUGCGUGCGCGGCUCUGAGCUGCCGGAGUGGAUUACCGGUGGGAAUACCGGUGCAAGCCCGAAUCAAAAUCCAAAUCCAAAUCCUCCUGCGAGUAAAUCGAAGCAUCCUGAAAGGAAACUGUCCAUCACUGCUGAGGGACCGCAUGAAAUUGUCUGGCCACAGGCUCACGGUGAGUCCCAGGGUCAGAGUCAGGGUCAGCCGGAAAAUUCCUCCACGUCGAAUAAUAGGCAUCCUCUGGCUCCCUCGGAGUCCGUAUUGGAUUACGUCUGUCGUGGUGGAAGUUGUAUUGUCUCACCGCUUGGAGAGGUUCUUGCCGGUCCGCUGUGGGAAGUCUGCACAGAUGAUGUGCCGGAUAGUAGCGAUGCUGCUGUAACUGAUUCCGCACCUGGCACGUCGGCAAGUGAGUCUAACCCUGCUGUUGCCGCCGGUGAUGGGUUGGCUAUCGCGCGCAUUGAUAUGGAUGAUUGUGAGCGUGGACGACUGGAUCUUGAUGUUGCUGGGAGUUAUUCACGGAGUGAUGCGUUUAAAUUCGAGGUUGAGGGGUUGGAUCUUGCGCCGCCUCCUUUGUAG